AUGGAGCAGCGCGUCAAGCGCGAGGAGAUGCUCCACACAGGAAAGCUGAAGCUCAAGAUUGUCAAGGCCGAGGGGCUCCGUGGUGCCGACCGGAGCUACCGAAGGGAGGGCAGCGACCCCUAUGUCUGCAUGUAUGUCAAGAACGAAGCUAUCGGCGCAUCUGACAAGGCCAGCAUUCCACCUGGCUUCGACGAGGAGGGCUGGCACGUGACCGCCCUCCGUCGACAUGAGUGCUAUUGGACAACGAACACGAAGAAGGCCACCCGCAACCCCGAGUGGAACGAGGAGAAGGACUUCACCCUCAGGACAGGAGGCUUCGAGAGGCGCACGAAGCAGGCCUUCCACUUGGACAUCACUUCGGGCCAGGCGCGGCGUCAUCAGGACGACUACUACACCGCGGUGCUGGGCACGAAGGAGGAGCUUCGCCUCCGGUUCGGGGACGACGACAAAAACUCCAAGGAGCCGAAGAUCGGAUAUGCCAGCGAUGUUGUGAUGUAUAUGGCAGACAACAUGCAGCAGUUCAAGGAGAAGCUGUCAUACGCAUGCAAGGUGCUGGCAAAACAGCUCCUAGAACAGGAGAGGCAAGAGAAGCAAAAGGACCCGAACGCAGACAAGAAGCAGGCGUACAAAACGAGGCGGAAGCAUGUGAAUCAGCUGGAAGCCGCUGCUAGGGACAUGUCCUACAGGCACAGCUGCAUGGUCUUCGUGCCUACAAAGAGGCUGCGAGAGCUUGCGCAGCGCGGCAGGGAAGGUUGGACGAGCUAUGAAUACAAGAGGCUCUACGCUGUGGAGGAGCAGGAUCCUUCAUCAUGGCAGCCCCUUGACAACGUCUGCACCUUCAGCCACUAUGCCAGCCUGUACAGCUUCGGCCGCACCAACGCGCAGCGUUUGAAAGUGGCAGACAGCCAAGACAUUGCGCGGCUCAACAACAAUCGAUACCGUCUCUAUGAGAAACAGCAGAAGCAGUACUUGGAGAGCCUGGCAGACACGAACACUGCCGAAAAGUGCUUCGGUUUUGCCAAGUUCCACCAUCCCUCCGAUGUCUCCUCCGAAGAGUGGCGGCCCGCCUUGAUCGACCGCUCUGAGACCGUCGCCACCAGCAAGCGGAAGUACAAGGUCUCCUACGUCUUCUCUCCCUACGUCGCUGUGUCGGCAGAGUCCAGGGAGCAGGAGGAGGUCGACGAAGAGUGUGUCCUUCUGGCCCCAAGCAAGCCAAAGAUCCGGGACGUGGUGCACGUUGAGCACAAGGAGCUGCUUGCCCGGGCCAAACUCAUGAAGGACCAGGGUGUGCCGGAGGAGGAGAUUGUGAGACAACUGAAUGCGGACCUGAAGAAGAGUUUCGAAAAGGCCAAGGAAGCCAAUGAGGAUGGGGCUGCCAUGACCGCGCCUCCUAUGAUCUCUUUGGCGGAUGUGCAAGAUGCCCUUAAGCGAGCAAAGGACCCGGCUUGGGCUUUGCAGUUUGGGCUUCGGGAGGAGGGUGGGCCAUCGUAUGGUGCCUUCAUUUUGGUGACCCUUGUUUGA